AUGGCUCGUUUGUACCUGUUUCUCAUCGCGGCGCUGUAUACCGAGACGACACCUGCUGCGCAAUGUCGGUCCCUACAGCCGGCGUCGGAUCCGCAGACGGCGCCGGGCGUCGAGUUCAAGGUCCUGGCCAACGAUUUGGUCAAGCCGCGGGGCGUCAUUGCUGAUUGCAGAGGCAAUCUGCUGGUGGUCGAGGCCGGAGGAAAGGGCGUCAGGCGCAUCGAGCUGGACGACGGCAAGGGACUGGACACUUGCAUCGCCAAGUCUUCAUCCCUUGUUGACGACGAGACUCUGAAUCACGGCAUUGAACUCGCGCCUGAUUGCAAGACGCUCUUUGCUUCAUCGUCCACCGAUGUUUAUGCCUACGAUUACGACGUGGAGAAGGGAACGGUGGGAAAGGCUAGGAAUGUCAUAACCGGCAUGGAUCAGGGCGGUCACGCUACACGAACGCUCUUGAUUCCGAGGCACAACUCCGAUUUGCUGCUCGUGUCUAGGGGAUCUGACGGGAACAUCGAUAGGGAUACGGCGGAAAUGGGGUCGGCCAGAAGCCAGAUUCGCAUCUUCACGAUUGAUCAUCUUCUCCAGGCUGAUGGCCCAGUCAAGUAUUCCGACGGCGAGGUGCUCGGAUGGGGGCUCAGAAACAGCGUGGGUGUUGCUGAAGAUCCUACGACGGGAUAUGUCUGGUCGGUUGAAAAUUCCAUCGACAAUAUGCAGCGCAAGGGCGUCGACAUUCAUACCUCGAACCCUGGAGAAGAGCUCAACUUUCAUGGACUGCCGAAUGACACCGCCAGCCCGGUGUACGGCAAGAACUUUGGCUAUCCGGCCUGCGUGGCCAUCUUUGACACCUCCAACGUCGACAGCUACCCAGGCGGAGCCAGGACUGGCCUGCAAAUGGUGGGAGAUCAAAUGCCCAGCAACUACACGGACCAGUGGUGCCAGGAGAACACACUGUCUCCGCACCUCAGCUUUGCAUCUCACCUUGCGCCGCUUGACAUCACAUUCAAUGCCCAGGGCUCGGCAGCGCUGAUUUCCUUCCACGGAAGCUGGAACCUCAAGCCUCCGAAUGGCUACCGCCUCAGCCGCGUAACGUUUUCUCAAGGGUAUCCCAAAGCCGAAACGAGCAGCACCACUGCUGAGCAGGAACUGAUGUGGAACAAGGACAACUCGGAAUGCCCCGGGCAGUGCUUCCGACCUGUUGGGUUGGCGUUUGACAAGGAAGGAAAGAGACUCUUCAUGACCAGCGACUCUUCGGGAGAGCUGUAUCUCGUGAUGGGAAGUGACGGUGACCAGUACCGGAUCACCCCCCCGGUCCAGCAGUCCGGGGCAGAAAGGACUGUCAGCUUGAUGGCGUUUUUGACGAGCAUGGGAUUGGGCCAAAUAUUGUGA